CAAUGCAGCAGUCAUUCAAUGAGAAGAUCGAAGAACUAGUAGAGAAAGGGCGCAAGCGAGACCGAGAUAUAGAGGAAUUGCAAUCCCAUUCAGUGCAACAAAAUUCAACAGUCAAUGGACUUAUAUCACAAAUUGAUAACUUGAAGUCCGACGUUACAACGAUACAACAAUUUGACUCCGAGCAAAACGUCACUAUACAGGAACUGUCGGUUUCUAUUAACAGCGUGAAUGAUACCUUACACAAACAAGCUCAAGACUUCCAAACAACUGAAGAGAAUUUGUCAUCAUCUAUCGAUCAACUACAGACAAAUUUUGUAGAUCUCAAUCGCACUCUUACUGUCUUGAGUGCGGCUACUCCUUUGGGUCACGUGUUUGGUAACGGCUCUACUGACGUAGAGAACAGUGGAGCGGUAGGUCUUUGGACAACAGACACGUUGUCCGACUAUUCUCCCAUCUUGAAUGGACGAAUGUCAUUCGACGGAACAGCAUUCACUAUUCCAGAAGACGGAAUAUACUAUAUAUACGGUAUGGUGACGAUUGCACACGACUUAGUGGAUACAUGUGGCUUUUCGCUAUUUGUUCGCCCUGCUUCUUUCUUGACUGCAAACGAUCAAAGUGUCAGUGGUGCUCAACAAAGUCUAUUUGGCAGUCAAGUUCGAAAACUACAGACAGGACACAGAGUUGUGAUGACGACCACAAAUUGUAAAUACAAUUUUGGCAUUGAUCGAUCUUACUUUGGCAUUUAUUUGCUCCAACGUGAACUUUGAAAAAUCAUUGAGUCAAGCCAGACGUUAGUAAUGAUGGGUGUUAUGUUUGUGUUUAAGCGGAGAUGGUUUUAAAUGAUUUAGACAUCUUAGAACUGAUGUGAUGAAGUUAGCUACCUCUGUCGUUCAUUUGCUGUUGCACUUAUCUCAAUAUGAUUUAAAUCAAGUUUAGAUGUCUGUGUAUAAUAUUGCGUGAUGAACAAAGAUAU